AUGUCCCACCCACACCCCUCCUCCCAUGCUCUAGACGACGAGCUUCUAUCCCCUCUAACACGCAUCUCCCGCGCCCCGUCACCCGUCCCCUCCAUCCCCCCACCAGCCUACACACCCAGAACAAACUCCGAAAUCCCGCCUGUACCCUCAAUACCCUCAAUACCCAACUCUUACCCCCGCGAACCAACCUACAAAAGCCCCCCAUCACCAACGCCCUCAAUCCAAGAUCCCUACUACCCGACCUACCCAACGUCUCAAUUCCGCGCUAUGAACGCCUCUUCCAGCUCCUCUUCUUCGUCGCUGGAUGAGAUAGAAGGGAAGAUAGCUACUGCUAGGGAAAGAAGAUGUAGUGGAACGGCGCUUAUUGUGAUGGGGUUCUGUGUGGGAGGGGUGGUUGUUGCUGGGGUUGUUGUUGGGGCUUGGUUUGGGAGUUUGAGGUGGAGGGGGAAUUGAGUUGGCUGCUAGAAAAGAGAGGAGAGGAGAGCAGAGGGAAUG